CCAGUUAAGAUUGAGCCCAAAGUAUUUUUUGCUAAUGAGCGUACUUUUCUCGCAUGGAUGCACCUUUCUGUCGUGCUCGCGGGUGCCUCCAUUGCUAUUCUUGCCUUUACCGAAGACAACAAUCCGUUUUCCCAAUUGUAUGGUGUCAUUCUGUUGCCUGUGGCCAUAUCUUUUAUUGUGUACAGUAUGUAUCAGUACGCUCGACGUGCAAAUAUGAUUCGCCACCGACACCCGGGUCCAUAUGAAGAUACCGUGGGACCUGUUGUUUUGGGAAUUAUGCUCAUGGUCAGUAUCGUUGCACAAUUUUCUUUGAAAUUGUAUUCGAUGAUUGAAGCGUGA